AUUUGUUAUUCAAUUCUCUCACCCGAAAAUAAAAAGCACCGCAAAAAAAGACCCUCUAGAUUCAAAAUUUUGAAGAUAGUCGGAUUAGCCCUCUUCAGUCUCACACUCUCAGAAGAAUUGCGUCCUAGGGCUCCAAUUUCUCCGUCGUCUCGUCUUCCCAACUCAAAUAGAGGUAUGCAUGCACAAAAGGAGUAAUCCUUUUCUUCAAUUCGGUGGUUUUUUUGGGAAUAGAAAUUGGGAUUCGUGAAGAAAUCGUGGGUCUUGAGUCGAUUUGGUGAAACGGGUAUUUCUGUAUUUGCGGAAGGAUUGAGGUUUGGAUGGUUUGAGUUGGGUUUCGUUUUGGAAACCCUAAUUUCCUGCGCAGGAGAUUGGGGAUUUUUUGUGGUUUAUGUUAAUUGGGAAGUAAAGGAAUGGUUGAUGGGGAGAGAGAGAGUAAUGGUGGCGGUGCGGAGUGCGCUGGAGCAGUCGUGGAUAUGAGCGGUGAUGGAGUUGAUGGGUCGGGAAUGGCAGUGGAAAAUGAACCAAUUGAAGUUGAAAAGGCUGUCGGUGGUUCGGUUAAUGGUUCAACCAUUGAAGUUGCAGUGAAUGGGUUGGCAAUUGACACGGAAAAUGACCCAAUUGAAGUUGAAAAGGGGGCCGGUGGUUCGGUUAAUGGGUCAGCCAUCGGAGUUGAGAAUGGGACUGUUGAUGCAGUGAAUGGGUUGGUAAUUGAUGCGGAAAAUGGCCCAAUUGAAGUUGAAAAGGGGGCUUGUGGUUCGGUUAAUGGGUCAGCCAUUGGAGUUGAGGAUGGGGCUCUUGAUGCAGUGAAUGGGUUGGCAAUUGACGUGGAAAAUGACCCAAUUGAAGUUGAACAUGGGGCUGAUAAAGCAGCGAAUGGGUUAGCAACUGAAGCUGAAAACGGGGCUGUUGAUGCGGUGAAUGGGUUGGCAAUGGAUGUGGAAAAUGACCGCAUUGAAGUUGAGAGAGGGGCUGAUAAAGCAGCAAACGGAUUUGCAACUGAAGCUGAAAACAGGGCUGCUGAUAUAGGAAAUGGUUUUAAAACUGAAGUUAAAACUUGGGCUGUUGGUGAUGGGAAUUCCGCAGGAUCAUCCUGUGAGGGUUUGCGGACGUACAAGAGGCGGAGGCUUAACAAGAUGGCUAGUUUGGAGAUUAAAUUGCCUGAGGAUGGGAAUGUUUCUGCAGAUUCAGUCAGCCGACUGCCUGAUAAGUCAAUAGAAGAACCAUUCCAAGGCGUUCAACAUGAUAGUUCCCGUGAGCAGUUUAAUCAUCCUAGGAUAGUCUCACACACUGCUAUGAGUUCGGAUGAUUGCCCACUGAAUCGUUGGACAAAAGCUGUUCUGGAACAAAUGUAUCAGUCCCUGCGCGAUGAUUGCGAGAAUGAAGGUGGUUUACAGGGAUGCAUUCAAAAGGCACUUCUUUCUCAUCCAGAAAGUAGUCGCAGAAGUGCAGCUAAGUCUGGUUUGCAGGCAUCUGUUCAUUCUGGUGAUGACAACCACAAAUGUUCGUCGCGAACAGAGUGUAUUGCUAAUGGUACCCAUGAUGCCUCCAGAGGGAAUGUGAAUCUAAUGUCCAAUGGAUCACUUAGUGAACCAAGCCAUACCAAUGCUGAUGCGUGUCGACGUGCUUUCUUUGAUAUUGCUGUAUCAGAAAAGUUUGCUGAACUAUGUGGCCUACUCUUCAAAAAUUUUCAAGGGAUAAAAGUUGAUAGCUUUUUGGACAUUAGUCUUAUAAACUCAAGGAUGAAACAGGGAGCUUAUGAAAGUUCGCCUGCGCUUUUUCAUUCAGAUAUGCAACAGCUAUGGACAAAGCUUCAAAACGUUGGUGCUGAAAUGGUUGCCCUUGGAAAGAGCCUUUCGGAUAAGUCAAGGGCUUCUUGUCAGGAACAGUUCCCAAUGGUAGAAUCAGACUCUCAGACUAAACCAGAACAAACAGAGACUUGUGGUGUUUAUAAAGCCUGUGCUUGCCGUCGCUGCGGAGAAAUAUCAAAUGGAAGGGACUCUUUGGUUUGUGAUUCAUGUGAAGAGCUGUACCAUGUUUCCUGCAUCGAGCCCGCUGUAGAGGAAAUUCCCCCAAAGAGUUGGUACUGUGCUAAGUGCACCGCUAACGGCAUCGGAUCGCCCCAUGGUGAUUGUGUAGUGUGUGAGAAACUGAAUGCCUCUAGAAAUCAAGGCGACGAAAUUGAAGAGAACUCAAAUGGUUUAUCCAAACAUGGGGUCCCACAAGUGAAAGAAGGAAAAACUUACCAUGAGUGCAAUGUUUGUCGGAAUGAGGUUGAUAAUGGCGAUCGGUUCAUGGUUUGUGGCCAUUCCCAAUGCUUUCACAAGUACUACCAUGUGAAAUGCUUGACAAAAAAGCAAAUGAAUACGUAUGGGCCCUGUUGGUAUUGUCCUUCUUGUUUGUGUAGAGCCUGCCUCACUGAUUGCGACGAUGAAAAGAUUGUAAUGUGUGACGGGUGUGAUCAUGCCUAUCAUAUUUACUGUAUGCGGCCGCCACGGAAUUCGAUUCCUCGAGGGAAAUGGUUUUGCAGAAAGUGUGAUGUGGGGAUUCAGCGGAUACGCAAGGCAAAAAGGGAGUAUGAGAAUAUUCAAAGCAGACUGAAAAAGAGAGAGGGAGACAAAGAAGGUGCAUUUGAGAACCUUCUAAUAGAUCGGAAAGAGAGUGAAGGAUUGAUAAAUAACUCUGGUGGAGUCGACAUGCUUUUAACUGCAGCUAAAACUUUGAAGUUUGAGGAGAAAAUGGCGGGUGUUAAGAUGAAGAGUUAGAAGGAGCUAGGCAUUUUUUGCGAAGUGAGGACUUCGGGGAAAUAUGGAUCCUCUAUGCAUUUUUCCUAGUGUAGAAGUACGUUUUUUCUGUAACAUUUGGAGGACUAAUUUUUUGCUAGGAUUGUAAACUCUGAUCGGCUCGGCUGACUUUAUGGAUACGAUACCUGGGACAAAUUGUGCGACUAUCUGGAGAAGUGUGCUCCGACCCUGAAGUUAGGAUUUUUUUAGUGAUGUCAGAAAAACUUGAUUCUAGUGAACCCAACAGCUACCGUUGAAUAUGCUUUUGGGUUUUGUACCUUUUCGUACAUGUGUAAUCUUUGCUAGGGAUAUCAGAAUCUAGAUGCAAAUUGUUGUAAAAUGAAGUUUUCGUUUUUCAUUUGUUUUCAUAGUUUGUUGUUCAGUUAGCUGACCCCAAUUGAUUGGGUACAUACUCACAAGUACAUUUUGGGAAGUUGAUGUCCAAUAACUAGGAUUAUUUUUGAUGAA